AUGAAGGGUAUAAUGAAUGUUCAUACUCGGUUGACACCACCAAAACGAGAAGAAGAAUAUGAGCUUCAGGGGCUGGCAGCAUCUCAAAGUUCCCUGAUCCAUGGUGGAGCUUCGGAGGAAACCAAGGACACUGGACUGGGAGAUCCUUUGCGCAUAUUUUGGGGGCGGACGCUCUGUUGCAUUCUUGUUCCACCACUUUUGACAAUCUACUAUGCCAUCACAUGGCAUUAUUGGCUGCAGUCUUAUGACUACGACUCUCCAGUCAACCAUGGUACGAAAGGUGCAAGAUGGGUCUAUUAUAGCUGGUUCAUCUUGAGCGCAGUUGGGAUCAAUCUAUCCAAAUACGGGCUUGCUGGGGUGGAGGCGGGCAUGUUGAUGAACAGAAGAUGGGCGGCUCGAAAUGCAAUGCAGUUGAUAAUGCACUGCGACAAGACUUGGAGUGGCCCAAGCGGAUGGAUGAAAAUCGCCAUGACAACUAUCAAGGGGAACUUCAAAAUUCGGCCAUCCCCGACCUGGUUUGUACUUGCCAUUGUCAGCCUUCUUCCCUUUAUUGCUUUGCCACUCUCUGGUCUCACUAUGGAAUUGAAUGAUGGCUUUAGGCCUGGUAUUGCUGGAGUAGACCGAGCGGAACUUUCUGGUCAAAACCAAAAUACCUUUGCGGACCAGGCGAUGGAUGUAAUCGACAGAGCUUUCAACCGUUGGCGAUAUUCAUCUGAUCUGCAGCUGUCAGGACGGUCUGCGUUUUAUGUUCCAGAAGUCAACGCUGCCCUGCAAAACAAGACAUGGUUGAAAAACAUACCCAACAACUGGCCAGAUGACGAUCAAUCCACAGUCUUCUUGGCACCUCAGUCGGAUAGGCCGGUUUCGGGUCCAGUAUGGGGCUUGCAAGCUUCAUAUGACUGCACCGUCAUUAGUCGUGUCGAACAAUUUCAAUUGCUAAGCCAAAGAAGUGCAGACCGCUCAAAGCCACGAUGUCCUGCCAUCGAUUUUGCAAGCUACGACGGGCAACCACAAUAUUAUGGUUUACCGAAACUAUGUGACCACGACGUGUAUACGAUUGGCCAACGAUCAGGUCCAGCAGAAAACUCCCUGGAUAUGGUUUCAUUAGCCAAUGUGGGUUUUCUUGAUGGCUUAAUGGAGAUGGCCCUGAAAUAUGAGAACAAGGAAGACGACCAAUUCAGCGACACGACACCAGUGCUCUUAGAGAUGGCGGUUUGGCAGAAACCAGUCAAGCUUCGAAUCCCAUGUGAGAUAUUAGAGAAAGAAGUGUUCAACGACUUGUCCGUUAUCGUCGAGGGAAUGCAGAAACCCUACCUCGAUCACUCCACGUACGAGCCAGAGAUAUCGCCUGACUCAAGCCCCGUCCUCCUCGAUGCUAUCGGUGUGCAGUGCAAUUCCUCACUCAUAUUGGGUACCGCAACCUUGGACGGAUUGAACGGCACGUAUGUCUCUUUCGCACGGGAAGAACCUGUUUCGAGCGCCACCGCUACUUCCGUUCCUCUCGCAACGGCUGUUCCAGAAAUCCUUCGAAGUUCAACUGCCGCGGCAUUAGACCUGAGGGAGGAUUUCUCCUUCAAUGCACUUAAUGAGUUGGUCGAUCCACCAAGUAUAAACAACAACACAUUCAGUCCGCCCAGUACGAACCCAAUCCCUGAAAUAGCGUCCAACGCAUCUUGGCUCCCAAACCUCUUCAAAUCAGUUGACACGUAUAACCUGGUCCCUAUUCCUUGCAACUCUGAAGGUGACCCACUCCAUCUCAACUCUUCCUUCGGAUCCCAACAGCUGAAGGUAAUCACAUCUGCUCAACUUAAAAAAUCGAUCAUCCGCGCUCACCAAGCAUAUGCAAUAGAGCUCUCGGGACCAAGAGGCGGCUUGUGGUACGGGAACCUAACAAAUGCAGUGCCUACCACCAUUAUCGUCCCUGGCCAGCUGUCACCCAUCGCUAUAAUCAGUCUACUCGCAUUGUGGGCUGUAUCAUGCUCGCUUCUUGGCAUCAUCUUCAGCACCGGUCGACGCUGGGCCGAUACCCUUGACGGCUUCAGCAUGUUUAGAUUUGGAGCCGAUAACCCAGAAUUUGCUGCAGGUGGAAACUGCGUCAAGGAUUACGAUCAAUGUUUGACCCUUCUUCGCAUUCCUGGUCUGGUCGGAGACUCUCAGCCUGGUAUAAGUCAGGGACAUAUAACGCUGGUGAAAGAUGUGAUGGCUCGGCAGAACAAAAAAUAUCGAGGUCCGUCAUCCCGUCUUGAUCGCGAUGAUCGGGGUCUUGUUCGGCGUACGGGAAGAAACGAUAGACUGGGAAGUGCAGCAAGAGAGCGUGCUUUGUAA